AUGCCGAUGUUUACCCAACCCAGCUACGACUUCCUCAACCGUGGGUGUCGGUUGACGAUCCACCCAACGCCAACAAAGUCCCGCGUCGAGACUCAAAUUCCCAUCAAGAUGACUCUCUUCCCGCUUCCUCAUGGCAUCAAGCGCCUCCACCUGCCCACACAUACCAUCUCUAAGCCAAAGUUACUAGCGAAGCCACCAGUCGAGCGUUCUCAGGACACAUUGGAGCUCUACACCAUGCUAGUGUGCACUAGUGCCAUGGUCAGCGAGGAUAACAAGCGCAAGGCCUUCCAGCGCGCCGCAGCCGCCACCCACAGCCCUUCCUUGAACGCCCGAUCUGCCAGUGAGGACGAUGAUGAGGAGAACAAGCCGCAAAACGGAGGCGAAGUUCGCAUUUGCAACGGGUGCAUCACGCGAGAGAGAAAGCGAGCGGCUAGAAAGAAGAUCAAGAAGGUGGAAGAGGAAGAGAUGUGGAAUCGGGAUGAGAACCGGCGCGUGAUCGUCUUUAACACCCAGGAGAUCAAGGAGUGGCAGACGCCCAACGGUGUCGUAUCUGACUCUACCGUAACAGGGCGACCAGAACCGGUAGCUCCUCCUGGAGCGAUGCAGGUGGACGCGCCCAUGCGUAUUGCCUGUUACUGCCGCCACCAUGCAGAGAAGCAGGGUUUCCAAGUCAUCUUCACCAUCAAGGAUUGGCAAGACCGCGUUGUCGCCCAAGAAAUAUCUCAGUCGAUCAUGAUUACCGACGACCACAAGACGCACCCAUUGCCGUCAUUGCCUCCCGCUGCCUCGACCUCCGAGAACAACCUCGUGCCGAUGAUGAACACGCCACUGGAUACCAGCCCACUCAGCUCGGGGGCUGCUCCGUUCCGUCUGUCGCAUUCCAGCUCCGAUCUUCAAAGCUUGCAGCGUAACGCACCUCCGGCUCCGGCUCCGUCGUUCCCCGCUGUGAACGCCGUGGCUAAGCAGCCAGCCCCCGCACCCUCGACAACGAAUGCUCGCUCUUUGUCUCGGCCCCCGUCCCCGAGUUUACACGCCGGGCCGAUGACAAAGAAGCGCAAGGCCAGCGGAUCGAGGGUUCCUGCUCAUAUGACGAUGACUCGGUUGGAUACGACCCCGCCACCAUCUCAGAUGCCUGUCAAUCCAGUGCCACCGGCAGCCUCUGCUUCCACAUCGCCGUUCACGCCUAACCUCACCAACUUCCAGACUCCCCCUGAUACUGUGUUCCAAAAUGGAGCUCCGUCGAACAUCCCACAGCCGUUCGCUACCGGUCCACCGACACCCAACAGUAACGACCAGACCUUGUUCACCAACGCCAACCGAUCUGCCAGCAUGGAAAAUAUGGCGAUGCCCAUGUUCUCAGCCCCUGCAUCAGCCCACCAAAGUCGCGCUGCAAGCCCGAGUAGACUGGCAAACGGUGUGAACGCUGUACAACAAGGUCAAUUCAAUACCAUGCAAUAUCUUCCCACUGCGGUUGCUCCAGCACGGCCUCAGCCAACCAUUCACAAAAUCAUUCCCAACGAAGGACCUAAGUGUGGUGGCAUCGAGGUGACCAUUCUUGGCGCGAGCUUCUACCAGGGCUUGGAGGUACUUUUCGGAGACCAGAAGGCCACAACCACCACCUUCUGGGGCGAGUCCUCCUUGGUGUGCCUCUUGCCACCGGCGCCCGUCGCUGGGCCAGUCGUGGUUACUUUCAAACAAAGCCAAGCUCAAGCCGGACAGCCCUUCAGUGCCCUCUCUAAGCAGAAUCAAGUAUUUAAGUAUAUUGAUGACGACGAGGAGAAGCUCAUUCGCACCGCGCUCUCGAUUCUUGGCCACAAGAUGUCUGGUCAGUUGGUUGACGUCAAGGAGCUUGCUCAACGCAUCAUUGGUCAAGGAGAUUCCAGUUGGGGCGGUCCUGGCCCCUCGGGCAACGGUGGGUUUGGCGGAAACACCUUCAACAUGAGCACGGAAUCCCAGCUGUUGAAGUUGCUUGAGUUGAUCGACCUUGACGACAACCCGAGGAUGUCUCGCCUGGAUCUUAGGAGAAACACAGGCCACACCAUGCUGCAUAUGGGUUGCGCUCUGGGAUACCAUCGUUUCGUUGCUGGGUUGCUUGCGCGUGGUUCUAAUCCGGACCUCCGGGACAAGGGCGGCUUUACUCCCAUGCAUCUGGCGGCAAUGAAUGACAACGAAUCCAUCGUUCGCAAGCUCAUGCAGGCCGGCGCUGACCCUACGAUCCGUAGUCUUUCGGGACUGCGGCCGGCUGACGUUGCUCAAUCACGCAAGGUGGUUGAGCAUAUCCGUCGCUGCGAGCGUCACAUUCGGUCCCGCAGCGGAGGUUCUCUUCACAGCAGAGCCAGUAGUGCCGCUUCGCUGCGGUCUCUGUGGGACCCUCUCGGCAUGUCCAGCGAGGAAGAAUCUGCAGACGACGGUGAGGAGAGCCUCGAAUACUCAUCUGGCGACUACGAGGAGGAAGAAGAGGAGGAGGACUCAUGGCUCGACAUGCGCCGUCGUUCCAGUGGGCAUGCGUUCACCCCUCGUCCAGACCGACAAGCACUGCAACGAGGUCACGAUGAGGUUGAGCCAGGCCUCGCGUCACCGACCACCGCCAUAGCCUCGGCCGUGAGGGAUCAAUUUGCUGCUCAGAUUCAGCAGUUCCAGCAAGCGAUGGCACAUUUUCCCAACCUGCCUCAAAUGCCGGCAUUGCCAAGAAUGCCCAUGUUGCCGGACUACCAGGCGUAUCUUCAGCAGAACCCGUUCAUGGGUAGAGUUACUUCGCUGAUGCCUGGAUCGUCAGGCGAUGAAAACCCGCGACAAAUGGACGGGCGUUGGUGGGAUCUGUCAGCCUUCAGAACCACCAACAACAACUCAGCUCCGCCACCGGCAUACGACGAGAUCUUCCCUCAGGAGGAGCUUGACCGCAAGCAAGCCGCGGCUUUGAAUUCUGCUGCUGAGGCUGUUGCGGACAGAUCUAUCGCUGUCGGAACCCAAAUCACUGAGACCGUUGAGAUAUCGGAGGCUUCAUCAAGCACGACGCCAGUGCCGAGUGUGCUCAAGAUCGGCCGCAAGAGUGCCAUCACCAAAGAGCAGCAACAAAACUUCCUCAGGGCGCGCGAGGCCAAGUUCAAGGGGAUGCGUAGCGACAAGAACUUGUGGUUCGUCUGGAUCCCGCUCCUCACCUGCAUACUGGGUGUGAUGCUGUACAGCCGAUUCCCUCAGUACUUCGCCAUGCUUUGGGCCGUCAUCCUUCGUUCGGCUGCAAAGUUUGACCAGGUGCCCGACAUGGUCAGAAAUGUCCAGGACCGCGUCGUCGAGGUACUAUAA